AUGUCACGCUACAACGACAACAAAGCAAGCUGGGACUCUCCCUUUGCUGGUCCAGAUGUCAUCACUGCCAACUUUAAUGGUUUGACAAACGAGUUUGAGGUGACUCCCAGCAGACGCCCUCCAACACGAUCUAAAUUUGACUUUGGGAAUGCAGCGCCAUCACAGAGCUGGGCCAUGGAAUCGCAAUACGGUUGGGGCGCUACGCCUGACAAUCACACAGCUUGGAACCACCAGGAAGAUGAACAAGAGUACACAGCUGAUAAAUUCAGCACACGAGAAACAUCAGCCACCACGUUCAGAUUAAACCUGGAUAUCGAAGAUGCACCCGUAUUCUCUAAAGUCACCGACUACACAGCAUUUCGCAAACAGGAUAUCGUGCCUGACUUUGAGCAGAUUGUUGCCUGUGAUGAAUUAAAGGAUCCAGAGGAAUGGGAAUCACGAGGCUGGAGAGACCCCUUUCCUGACGUUCCCAUCAACCGUGUCAAGACACCCUACGACACCAUUGAUGAAUACCUAUAUACCCAUUUCGAAUUGAUGCGGCAAGACUUUUUGAUCCCUUUGCAGAAGGCUGUGAGAGGAUACAAGGUGGCCUUCAAUUACGCCAAAAAUCAAGAAGACGUUGGUGUGGCAAUGGAGCAAGUUUCGCAGCAGAGACCCUACAGAUUAUAUGAACAUGUCCAUUUGAAUGCCAUCGUGUUUGGUAGUCGUCAACCGCUUUACAGAGUCAGCUUUCGCUUGCCCUACUAUGCACAUGUCAACUGGCAGCAAUCCAAGCGCCUGAUGCCUGGUUCGUUGGUCUUGUUAUCCAAGGAUCAUUUUGAAAAGGACUUGAAAAUUGCAACCAUCGUCAAUCGUGGUGACGAGCCUAUGCGUGGAUCCAACCGCUUUGAAUUUCUAGUAGACAUCUACCUUGAAAGAGACAACAGUGAACAGCCCUUUGGUUUUGGCGAUCCAUCUUUGGCAGAGGAUGACACCUAUGUUAUGAUCGAAGCUACGGAUGGUUAUUUUGAGGCCUACCGUCAUGUGUUGAAGGUCUUUAAGAAUGUCAAGCCAAACGAACUACCAUUUUCUGAUUACUUGGUCAAGUUGUCAAACGAAGUCUUGGUGCCCCACUAUGCUGCCACGAAACGAAUCUAUGAUAUCAACGUGCGGUCUAAGAAUAUUCGUCGAGAUCGUUGGCCUGUUGACAUUUUGCAGAAUUGGCCCCAAUACCCUACUGGCAUGGAUCGUACACAGAUGGAUGCUCUGAGAACUAUUUUAUCACACAAUCUUUCUAUCGUUCAAGGUCCUCCUGGUACGGGUAAAACGUAUGUUGGUACUUACGCUAUGCGCGUGCUCCUGAACAACUAUGAUGGCUCGCUGGGCCCUAUUGUAUGUAUCUGUCAGACAAAUCAUGCUUUGGAUCAGUUUCUGGAACACAUCUUGGACUACAGCAAUGAGAUUGUGCGUGUGGGCGGUCGAUCCAAAUCAGAGCUGCUGAAGGAUCACACAUUAUUCGAGCUGAAAAAGACGUAUGACAGACCUCGUGGUAUCGGUCGAUUGUAUCGUGAACGUGAUAGCCUCAUUAAAGAGGUCAAAAAUACCAUCAUCCAGCUAUAUGAAGAGCCCUGCGUUACUAUUGAAUUCAUCGAGAGCAUCAGAGGAUUGAGGCCCAAGCAGAUCGAUUCGUUGAGAAGAGCGGCCGAGCGUGAAAAGAACAAGCCUGUUGCUGCUGCUACUAGCUUGAACAGUUAUGUGGUAGAUAGUGAUUCGGACGAUGAUUGGGUCAUUGGCGCUGCUCCUACUCUCAAGGGCCCAGCUCCCAUUAACAACAGAAAGAACAACAACCAACGAAAGCAACAGCAAUCUAACAGAGGCAGAAACGACUCGAGAGGUAUCAAGCAUGAUUGGGCUGGUGGCAAUCCCAACAUGGCCAGCCCUGUUAAGGAAAAAACAUCAAACCCUGUGGAAGUGUGGCUGAAGGAUGCUAUCGAUUAUGUCGAUGACGCUGGAGAAAUGUCGUCUCUGGCGAAUGACUUGAAGGAAAGCAUCUUGGAGCAAGACAAGGGACUCGUUUUGACGAUAUCAAUGACGAGAGUGAUAUGA